AUGAAGCUGGAGUCACAGAGGAUAGCGAUGGUGAGCUUUUAUUUACUGAUAUCAUUGUGCUCAUAUCAUAUGUGUUCAAACAAAUCUUGGUUUGAUACAUAUGAUGUGGACUACGACAUUGAAUUUAUGAUAGGGGACAGCUCAGUUUGUAGAGUAGAAGGAAUAGGUACAAUCAAGGUGAAGAUGCAUGAUGGCGUGGUUAGGACAUUGGGUAUGGUUAGGUACAUACCAAAGUUGAAGAAGAAUCUCAUCUCCCUUGGUACUUUUGACAAGAAUGGCUAUUCCUACAAAGCCAAGGGAGGGAAGCUCAUAAUCUCAAAGAAUGACUCAAAGGAUACUCAGCAUUGGCACUUGAGGCUAAGGCACAUGAUCGAAGGUGACAUUCAAGUAGCAAGACAAAGAGAAUAUGAGCAUAGGGGUGCUCGAUUAUAUUCACUUGGAAAUGUGGGGCUUGCUCCGGUCAAGUCAUUUGGUGGAGCUCGCUACUACGUCACAUUCUUGGAUGAUUUUUCUCGGAAGGUUUGA